AAAGAGGUUAAGUUCAGUAAAUUGGAAAUUUCCAGACUCACAAUUACUCUCUACCCUUCAUCGCACAUCUCUGUCCCUCUCUCUCUGAAGGCGACGACGAUUCCGAAGUCGACGAUGUGAGCUCCACUAGCCGGACGAUCUUAGAAAUACAGUUGCAAUAACAAAAUGGCAAAUGGGAAGAAAAACUUCAUCAAACCAUGUUCUCUAGCAACUAUGAAGAAAACCAAAUAUGAGAUGGCAAGAGAUGAGAGAAUGAAGGAGAACAAUGCGAGACUAAAGGCUGCUGGGAUUGACCGUAUACUAGCUGAUUUGAGGGGUACGUCUUUGCCAAACUGUACGAAUGAGAAGAGAAUGGGUACUAGGAAUGGGGUAGAUGAUCCUGACUAUAUGCCACCAAGUAUUGAGGACGCCAAUGACGAUGAGUCUUUGGAUUCUCUUGAACACGAGCUCCAACAGAUACCACCGAGUGGACCAACAAGAUCAGAAGUUGAGCUCCAGCAUGACUCGACUCGUGUCCUUGAGAGGAUGACUCGUUCAACACCACAUCUUGUAGUUGAGUCCCAGCCCUCACCACCUUGCAAUGUAGAAAUACAAAGUGAGGCAGCUGCAGUUAGUAGUGCUGUAGCUCCUAAUAGACGCGGACGCGGCAUAUCACGCGGACUAGAACUCCAAAGACUUGUUGAAAACAAAGGGAAACUACUUGUUUCCAUCCCACCAGAGUAUCGUGCUCCGGUGGGGACUUACGCUUCUAAAUUGGCCUCUAAGAUUGGUGUUGAGGUUCGUGCACAAGUAGAAGACCUAAGUGUUAAAAGUUGGAAGGCUAUGGAUGAGGGUAUUAAGGCACCUUUGCUUCAAUCCCUAAAGGAUCAGUUUGACUUUGAAGGAGAUCCAAUUGAUGUCAACAAGGCAAUAACAUCAAGGUGUGGGCGGAGAUUGAGUGAUUACACCCACAGGUUGUAUGAGAAAUUCAAAAAGCUUAAAGCAACCAAGGGGGAAGCGUAUGCAAGAAGUCACCCACCUCCUCAAAUUGCCAUGGAGCAAUGGACUCGUUUGAUUGAAAAGAAGUGGACAAACAAAGAUUGGCUGCUUCGAUCAGAGAAAAAUAUAGAAAAUAGACGCAGUAACAAGACAAAGCACAGAUGCGGGACGAAGUCUCUAGCAGUUAGAGUACAUGAACAUGCUCUAAAAAAUGAGGGUCAACUGCCUAAAUUGCCGGAGUUUUAUAAAUCCACUCACUAUAAUGACGACAUGGGGAAGUGGAUUGCUCCAAAAUGCCAGACUAACUAUGAGGAAAUGGUCCGAGUAGAUGCUGCACUUAAUCAGGAAGGUGCUUCCCCAUUAACAGGGGAGCAGAUGUCUGUCACGGUGCUGAAACAAAAACCAGGUUAUGUGAAAGGACUUGGCUUGAGGCCUUCAUCAUCUAUUAGGACCACAUCUGAAACUGCCCUGAAAGCACUUGGCUUGAGGCCUUCCUCCUCUGCCAUGACCCAUGAAUACGUGUCAAGCCUCGAGAUGAAAAUAGAGGCACAAAAUGACACCAUUGAGAAGCUUUUGGAGGCAAGUAAGCAGCAGCAGAAGAUAAAUGCUAGCAUGAUGGAGUUUCUCAUUGAAAAAGGGUACACUGGACAUGUUGGGAGUGCUGAAACAUCAUCUAAUGAUUGACUGCGUGUAAGAUCGAUGUUCUUUUUGGAGUUCGUGGCUGUGGGAGAUGGAAUUCAAAGAAGGAUACAUUGCAAAAGUUGGCCCCGAGGUGGUGUAGUAUUUUGGAAAGAUCCAUGAUGCUUUUUGAAAAUCCUAGAGCAUAAGUAGUGGUAAACUUGAUAUUUUGUUUCCUGGGGCUAAACUUUGUUUUGAUGGUUUGAACAAUGAUGUCAUUAUCAUGUAGUUGAAAGGGUUUGGCUAAUGUUUCACAGAAAUGACAAUUUGUUUACUUGAAAGCUAACAAAUUUUUGCUAUUUAUGGUUA